AUCCGAGGGGCUGCCAUGCGAUGCGAGCCCGGGCCCAGUGCCGACUGCGGACGAGGUGUCCCGUAACGGGGAUAGGAGAAACAUUGAGGAUUCUGGGCCCAUCACGAGCGCCGGGGCAAUUCGGAGGCCGGGCUCGAGUCAACUUGAGCGCUCGAGUACUCGGGACUGCGAAGGAGAAUUUGUUUGACUCGAGACGGAUGCAGACUGGGGAGGAGAUUCUGCUUCGGCUGGCACGGUCAACAUAAGCCAUCCAUGUGGACACGGAUGACGGACACGGAGGAGCUCCGUUAUCCAACUGGGCUCCGAGCAGAUAGACAGGUAGGUACGCAGCACGUACGCCUCAGGAGGCAAGGGGAGGACGGGAGGAGGAAUCUUGGAGGGCGGAGUCGCCGGUCCCGCGGGGUCUAAACUAGCGGGCAAGAUAGCGGUAGCGAGCGGAAAGCGAGAGCGAGGCACGCCGCGUCUCUCCUCCUCAUGAGCCUCAUCUGCUCCACUCCGUCUACAUUUCGGUUUGCAAUCGAGAUUCUGGAUUUCGAGCGAGCGAGUGGAAGUGCUUGCUUGUGCUGCUCUGCUCUCUCUCUCUCUCUUUCAUCUGCGGGACGCGAGAGAAUCGGCGUUGAAUCUUGUGUAUGCAGGUGGUGGUACGCGGGGCUGAUUCCGUCGAUUGGCGGAAGGCCAAGGUCGGGCGAGGGAGGGGAGGGGAGGGGAGGUGGAGGUGUAGCGAUGGAACGAGAUUGAUUUGAAAUUGCGCCGGAGGGGAGAUGGAGAGCGGAGGGGAGCGGACAGUGAGGGUGGACGCAGGGGAAUGCGGAAGGAGCAGUGGGGAAAUGUGUGAGUGAGGAACUAGGUCUGUGGCUCAGGAUGGGCUUGAGCAGGACGAAAGGAGGAUUGGAGUGAAACGCAGUGGUGCAAAGAAGGGAGGAGGAUUGUGUGCAAGGGAGGAGGAUUGAAAUGUAUGGAAGCAAAGCUGCAUGCUUCUCUGCGGGGGUUUCCGUUUCGGCAGGGCUGCAAUUGGCAUCCCUCCCUGCGUCAGUUGCGACUAGCCAUGUGCUUCCAGGAACAUCCCCUGCUCGACCUCGUUCCUCCCCGGUGCCCAGUGCCUCUUCCCUAUCAAUUUCCUCAAGACACUAUAGCACUUGCCAGUUGUCUCUGCAGAGGUUGUGUCUAGUGUUUCCUGCAAGACCCCCAUUGGACCAAAGUUCUCUACCAUUUUCACCUCUUUCGUCUGCUCGGGGCCCCACAUGCCGGCGCUCAGGAAUUCGUACUUCUCGUCGAAACAGGACACCAUUGAGUUUAUCGGCAGGAGACCAAUUUUGUGCCAAUGGGACUGGCAGUCGCGUCUGCAGAGUUUUGAACGCAGAUGCAGGACCUGUCGAGGAGAAUGAGCUCCCCGCCGAGGUGCAUCGGUGGAGUGAAAAAGCUGCCCAACAUUUAGACGAGCCAAAGCUGGAAGGCGAAGAGAGUAAUAAAGCUACCGCUGGAAAUGAACAGCAGGAGCAAAGCGAUGGUAAAAGUAAUGGUACAGUUCAGAAUGAGCAGCAGCAAAACAAGGGCAAACAGCUGAAAAAUCGAAUUAUGUUCGGAGUUGGAAUUGGAGCUGGAUUUUUAGGAAUCGUUUUGGCUGGCGGAUGGGUGUUUACUUUAGCGUUCUCAUGUGCCAUUUGGGUGGCAACCGGAGAGUAUUUUGAGCUGGUGAGAAGUAAAGGGAAUACAGCAAGCGGGAUGACUCCACCACCACAGGUUGCUGCGAAAUUUUGCGCCCUUAUCUGUUCGGCUAUGCCGAUCAUGACAUUGUAUUAUGGUGGACGGAUGGGUGCAGUUGUCACAACAGCUGCAUUUGCCCUUGCAACUGUGUUGCUGCUUCAAAGGGGACCUCGAUUCUCUCAAUUGACGAGUGCUAUUUUUGGCCUAUUUUACUGUGGCUAUCUGCCCAGCUUCUGGAUAAAACUGCGUUGUGGUCUUGCCAUUCCGGCAAUUAACACCAGAAUAGCACAAGGGUGGCCUAUUCUGUUAGGAGGACAAGCACACUGGACGGUGGGUUUAGUAGCCACCAUAAUCUCAUGCAGUGCAAUUGCCACGGCAGACACCUUCUCCUUCGUUGGAGGCAAGGCUUUUGGUAAAACACCUCUAAUUGCUGUUAGUCCGAAGAAGACGUUGGAAGGAGCUGCAGUUGGGUUGAGUGCUACUAUUGCAGUGACAAUUUUGCUUUCGAAACUGUUUCAGUGGCCUUCUUCCAUACUGAGUUCAGCAGUUUUUGCUGUUCUCGUUUUCAUGUCAUCCCUCUUUGGUGACUUGACGGAAUCCAUGAUGAAGCGAGAUGCAGGCGUGAAGGAUUCUGGACAACUGAUUCCUGGCCAUGGCGGAAUUUUGGAUCGAGUUGAUAGUUACAUAUUCACAGGAGCCCUCGUUUAUUCUUUUGUUAAAAUCGGACUACCAUUAUUUGGCGUUUAGGAGCAUACCUUUUCUCGGGAGAUGAACAGACAUAUGGAAGGGAAGCGUUUACCAGUCAACAGGUGGGGUGCCAUAUGAAUAUUGGUACUCGGACCUCAUUGUAGCCUCAAGUCCGGAGCGACGAUUUAACUUCCAGAACUGGCAGAUUUGAUCUUGCGUAAUUUAGGGCUUGUUCAGCAAUUUUAUCAACCGUAGUGCUCCCCUAAACUUUCAAUGUUUCACGAAUGAAACGUUGGUAGUGUUAUCGCUGUCAUGACUUGGCACCCCAGAUAUCCGACACUGUAUGAAUAGAUCCUGUGCACACAGCAUACUAGUUCUAGUCUACGAUUUGUUUAUCGGGCGUUCACUUGUUUUCUAUUUAUCCCGAUCAGGGUGAGUGUCAAAGUCCGCAGGCAUGAAAUCGGCUCGUUUAGUCGCAAACCUUGACUCCCGUGAGUGUUAUGUCAAGCUUUCAAGCACUUCCCUAUGUAACAUCUCCAAUAUCAAACCCCCAAUGACAUCGGAUGUGCGAAGCAUAUUGGU